AUGGAUGGUGGUUUUUCAGCAGCCUACAUUGUCACAGGUACAGUACCUGAUCCCAAUGUAUGGAUACCACACAGGGGAACCUCUGAAGAGCCGGAAAGGGUGUCAGUGCCCUCUCACAUCUGGACGGCUGUCUGUUAUAAACACGACACUGAUAACAGUAAGUCCUUAUCCUUCGGCUAUAUCGGUAAAAACCAGCCAGCAGAGCCUGACAUACGCCUGAUGAGUGUCUCAGACCUGAAUGAUCAACUCAGUGGACUCUAUAGGGAGUUUUCAGGGACUGAUCAGUCCAUCAGCUAUAUGGGAAGAAACCACCCAGCAGAGCCUCACAUACGCCGGAUGAGUGUCUCAGAUCUGAAUGAUGAACUCAGCGGAUUCUACAGUGAGCUCCCAGGAACCCAUCAGUCAGUUGAGAUUUUUGUUGAUGAUUGUUUUGGUGACGAUAUUAAAUUAGUUGAGUUUCAGAAAUUAAUUAAUCUACCAGUGAGCCAAGCAGUCCAAAUAAGCUCAGAAAUACAAAACCCGUAUCUCGCGGUGAAGAGGACCUUUAGCAGUGACAGCAUACCUGAAGAAAAAGUCAAGGUCAAUGAGAAUACAGGAAAGAUGUCCUUUGACAGCAUGAGCACUUACUACAAAGUGGCAGAGGACGUGAAUGUUUUUACUGGAAGUACUUGUCUUAUAACUUACGCCAAGCCACAAGUGAGGAAAAUGGAUGAUGAGCGCAGAAAAAGGGAGGUAUCCGCGGGGCCAGAUGCUGUUGAAUGCCAGCUGGUCCCAGAGAAGCAGAAGACUGCAGCUGACGGCUCACACUGCUCAAGCGUCACAGAAUCUGAUGACAGCUGUCAAUGCAACACAGGAGGUGAAACCAAGCCCUGCUGCUCCUCUCCCUGCUUCAUAGACCAAUUAAGUAGCUAUUGGUGUUACUCAGGCCAGACACUGGAAUGGUGCUCACCCCCGUACUCACUCAUCACGUAUAAUGGAAAGAGUUGCUUGGAUGAUUACCCCUGCGCCACAUAUGGUGAGGACUACUACUGGUGCUGGACCACUUAUAAUCCCUAUUUUUUAGACUUUGAGUGGGACUACUGCAGCCCUCCGCUGAAGUACAGUAAGGCUAAAAAUGGGAAGUACUGCCACAGCAACCACGCCUGUGCAAAAUAUGGUUCAAAAUAUACAUGGUGUUACACAGAUGAUGAAGGCAAAUAUGACAAGUGCUGUACUUCUGAUGAUUGCUACUCAACUGUUAAUCACAAAACCUGCAGGUCUGAUCACGCCUGUGGCUACCAUGACUAUAAUUACCUGUGGUGCUACACAGAUAGAGAAGGCAACUGGGAUUAUUGUUGCAGAAACUGUAGACAGUAGAUGGUUUAAAGUGCUUAUUACAAUUAAUACUAAAGUAUGACUUUGCAAAGUUAAUUGUGAUUUAUAAUUGCAUUACUUACAAACCAACAAACUUUCUAACAUAAAGUCUCUCAUACAGGUUUCUCAAAUUAA